AUGUUGUGGACGACCAUCGCGGCAAUCCCAGCCAUCUGGACCAUCCACACCAUCACCUCACUCCUGCGCAAUCGGUCUCUAGCACGCAAGACAAACCUGCCCUACGUCCUCUUUCCAUUUUCCGAGGCAAACUUAUUCUACAUCUUCCUUUUGGAGACACGAUGGUUCAGGCAUUUGGUGACUCAUAUCCUCCCUGCCACUUGGGCUGACUACACUCACGACAGCACUUUCAAGCUCCGCUGGACAGGGAAAGAUCGCAUGGCGAAAAGAUACGGCGGCGUGUAUCUCUAUGUCACUCCGGGCGGAAUCAGUUGCAAUGUCACGGAUGCCGAUGUGGUUGAGCAGGUCUGUAAGGCGAGACAUAGUUUUGUGAAGCCGGUUAAGCAUCUGGAGGCAUUUGCAAUGUAUGGGACCAGUGUGUUCACGUCCGAAGGACCUCAGUGGUCAUACCAUCAUCGAUACACUGCCCCAGCAUUCAACGACAAAAACAAUGCGCUCGUCUGGCGUGCGACCAUGGGGCAAGCGCGAGAGAUGUUAGAGUACUGGGAAUCAAAGUACCCCGGCCCGGGGCAGCUCAAACCCGGCCCUGUGCUGCCCGAUGCUAGAGAGGACAUGCUGGAAUUGUCACUCAAUGUUAUAUCCGACGCGGGGUUUGGCGUGAAGCUACCUUUCAAGCCAUCAUUUACAGGUGCUGCUGGAGAUCCAAGUGACUUGUUCCAGGAUUCCUCAACUCCUCCCACGGGGUACCAAUUUACCUUCCGUGGGGUCAUGGAGUAUAUGAAUCGUUCCAUGCUGUCGGUCUUCUUUGCCAAUGGUGUCCUUCCAAAGUGGGUCCCGCACCGCCUAGUACCCUUUUUCAGAAAGGAUUUCGCGGCACAUGAGGACCUAGAGAAAUUCCUACAUGCCUUGAUUAGGAGGGCCGAAACCGCCGAAGACGAAACGCACAAUCUGUUGGAAAGGUUGGUCCGCUCGCGACGAGAAGAACAAGAAGUGACGAAUAAGCGGAAUCCUGGGCUCUCCGACUCGGAGGUGCUCGGUAACGUGUAUAUCUUUUCCAUCGCCGGUCAUGAAACCACAGCGACCACACUGCGCUUCGCCCUCGUCCUCUUGGCUAUCCACGAGAAUGUCCAGGAGACCCUGCAUAGGGAGAUCGUGGAGGUAUUGGGCGACGGACCUCUUGAUUCCGAAUAUGAGAGUGCAUUCCCCAGACUAGUGACACCAUUAUGUAUCAUGCUCGAAACACUCCGACUGUACCCCCCGGUCGUCAGCAUCCCAAAACUGACUCCUCCAACCGGCGCGGAGCUUGCCUUGAAUGACGAAAUCCACCAUCUUCCACCGAAUGUGCGCGUGAAUCUGAAUUGCAAUGCACUGCACAAUUCGAGCGAGUACUGGGGGCCUGAUGCAGGAACUUGGGAUCCGAGCCGCUGGGACAAACGAAAUCCAGAUAGCUUCCUGGCAAAGAAUGAUGGGGUUGAGGGACUUUCUGGCCCAGGCCUAGAGUCGAACGGGAUUCAUAAACCUCACCGCGGCUCCUUUAUCCCUUUCAGCGAUGGAAUGCGCGCAUGCGUUGGGAGGAAAUUUGCUCAAGCGGAGUUUGUCGCGGCGCUGGUCGUGUUAUUUCGGGAGUAUCGCGUGACACCAGCAACCCUUAAGGGGGAGACCAUGCAGGAUGCAAGGAAGCGAACAGAGAGAGCUUUGCGGGAAAGCUCAACAUUUCUUACCUUGAGCCUCACUGAGAAAGUGCCUCUAAGAUUCCAGCGGAGAGCGAGUACAUAG